AUGCCCGCGAAUAUUCGUGUCCUCAAGGAUGAUGCUGGUGCCCGCAAUCUUCAGACCGUAUUCCGAGUGUCUCCACUCGGGCAGAAACGACAAGAAGUCCAUUCAAGGAGAACCCAUAAAAAAUCCCGAGCUGGUUGCUUGACAUGCAAGAAGAGAAGAGUUAAGUGUGAUGAAGAAAAACCAGAAUGUCAAAGGUGCAAAAGCCGCGGCGUUGACUGCUGCUAUUCGUCCGAAUUGGAAAUUCCCAGCAAUAAUCAAGAUAGUCUGGGGAUACCUUCUCCAAAAGAUGCUACUUUUCCCUCUCUCGCACUUGACAAUCUUUCAAAAAGCAUUCAAAAUACGCUGAACUUUGACCAAGAGCAGGGGAAAAGUCAGUAUGAUUUUCUGAAUAGAAGAUCCGGCCAUCCACUCAGCACAAUUGCUUUCCAGCAUUUCAUCAAUGCUUCGACUGAUACGGUUGCAAUUCCUGGUAUUCGCAAUGUCAUGCGAACCGAUAUGAUACGCGUCGCAUUCACAUCUACGCAGAGUUCUCACUUAAUGUACACCAUCCUCGGCGUAGGAAUGCUUCACUACAACCGGAUUUCUCCCAGUAAAGAAAGAUCUCUUGCAGAGUCUUAUCUCUGGCAAAAUGCAAUUCAGCUCUACCAAAAGGCCAUAUCUUGCAAAAUCCAGCCAGAUAACAUCGACGCCCUUCUAUCCACAUGCAUGCUCAUGGGCGUAAUGUCUAUAUGUCCCGAGCAAUUCGAGCCAACAGACUCGUGGGUCCUCACCAACAAACCUGAAGCGAUGAACUGGCUCGCAUUACAAAGUGGCAUGAAAGCCAUUUUAACGCUUGCAUCGCCCUAUCUUCCCGGCAGUAUCUGGGGCGACGCAUUCAAGGGCGUUGAUGAAACGGGGGAUAAAAUCUUCAAACAGGAUGAAGCAGAAGCUACCGGACGCGAGGGUCUAGAUUCCGAUUUGGCCGAUUUGUGUGGGAUCGAUGAAAAUAGUUCUGCUGCAACGAACGUUUAUUACGAGCCUUUGAGCUAUCUUUCCAGGCUCGUGAAGUUGCAACCUAGUGGACCUAAUGCUGCGCACUGUGCGUCGUUUAUGGGGAGGUUGGAGUGUGACUUCUUGGCUCUUUUGCGGAAUAGAGAUCCGCCUGCACUCAUUAUUUUGGCUCAUUGGAUGGGCCAUAUGUGUUUGUUGGCUGAAUGGCAGCCUUGGGUUGAGGGAAGAAUCAGGAAGGAAUGUGUGGCUAUCUGUAUGUUCUUGGAGUAUAGCACCGAUUCGAGGGUAUUGUUGCUGUUGCGAUUCCCCGCAGAGGCAUGUGGGCAUAAGCUUCGCUUUAUUUCAAAUCUCAGCUUGUACAGAGAAAACAUAACGAAUUAA